CCACCCUUUUGUUCUACUUCUCAUUGACCAUUCGCCUCAGUUUUACUCCGGCGGUUACAGCGGAUCCAUUACAGGAUGGAUUUACGCAGGAGUCCGUGCUGGACUCUCGUGGCGCUCUCUCUCACUCUCACCCUCCACACAGCGCACUCCAGCAUCACAUGGGAAGUUCAGAGGUACGAUGGCUGGUACAAUAACUUGGCCUAUCACCGCCGCGGCGCUGCAGGUGCGCCGUUCAUGCGCCUUCUGCCUGCGCGCUACUCGGACGGCUCUUACCAGCCUCUGCAAGAGCUGCCGAACGCCCGCCUGAUCAGCAACGCCGCCAUGAGCGGAGACCCGGCUCUUCUCUCUAUCCGCAACCAGACCGUGCUCUCCGUGUUUUUCGGUUACCAUGUAGUGUUGGAGAUUGCGGAGUCCCGAAUACCUGGCUGUCCACCUGAGUUCAUGCACAUUCCAGUCUCACCAAAUGACCCUGUCCAUGGAUCCAACUCUUCAACACACAGAGUCCUGCUCCCUUUCCAGCGUGCACAGUGGGACCAAUCAACUGGAAAGAGCCCAAACAAUCCCAGGACCCAAGUGAACCAUGUGACAGCUUGGAUAGACGGUAGCUCGAUCUAUGGCUCUUCCAGCUCAUGGAGUGAUGCACUCAGGAGUUUCCAAGGAGGCCUGCUGUCGUCGGGUUCUGAUAAGAACAUGCCAAAGCAGAGUGACAACAACUAUUUCAUGUGGAGUGCGCCAAACCCUUGCAAUGGAGAGACUGGCCCAGAGGGCCUGUAUGAGUUUGGGAAUGCCUGGGCCAAUGAGAACAUCUUCACAGUAGCUGAGGGGAUUAUUUGGUUUCGCUACCAUAAUUACCUUGCCUCUCAGCUGCACGAAGACCACCCUUCGUGGUCAGAUGAGGAGCUUUUCCAGAAUGCCAGGAAGAGAGUUAUUGCCACAUUCCAGAAUAUUGCGUUCUAUGAGUGGCUGCCUGCAUACCUUGGAGUCUUGGUGCCUCCAUACCCAGGCUAUCAGAAAUAUGUGGAUCCUGGAGUCUCUCCUGAGUUCCAGGCUGCUGCUGUGAGGUUUGGCUUGACUCUGGUUCCCCCUGGUGUGUACAUGAGAAACAGGACUUGUCACUACAGGAGUGUUGUGAAUUUUGAUGGGAGGACAUCUCCAGCGGUGCGCUUGUGUAACAGUUUCUGGAACAGAAAUAACCCAAACCUAAAAUCUGCCCAGGAUGUGGACGAUCUGAUAAUGGGUAUGGCUUCUCAGAUAGCGGAGAGAGAGGACAAUGUAAUCGUUGAGGAUUUAAGAGACUACAUGUAUGGUACAUUGAAGUUCUCACGUUCUGAUGCAGCAGCUCUGACCAUUCAGAGAGGACGGGACUUUGGGCUGCCAAGUUAUAAUGAGGUCAGAGAGGCCCUCAACCUGUCACCAGUUCAAACUUGGGGAGAGAUCAAUCCCAAACUAAACCAGACCAAUCCACAGUUGUUCAAGGACCUGUCUGAGCUAUAUAAAAAUGAUAUCUCCAAGCUGGAGUUGUUUGUUGGAGCUCUGCUGGAGGGAGAUGGAGGACCAGGCCCAGUGGUCACUUCCAUCUUCCUGGACCAGUUUGACCGCAUCAGAAAUGCAGACCGCUUCUGGUUUGAAAAUAAACAAAAUGGUUUAUUCACAGAGGAGGAGAUCCAGUCUAUAAGGAACACCACAUAUUAUGAUAUCCUUCUUGCCAUCACCAGUGCAGAGAGUGAAGACAUUCAAAAGAAUGUGUUCUUCUGGUUAAAUGGUGAUCCCUGCCCUCAGCCUCAGCCAGUCACAGCCUCUGAUCUGCAACCUUGCACUAAAGCUACGUCCAUGAGUUACUUUGACACUAGCAGCAAAGCUGGCUAUGGCAUUGUAGUUAUUAUCCUUUUCUUCUUUCCUGUAGUGAGUCUUCUUGUGGCUUACCUAGUGGCCAAAAUCCGGGCAGCCAAAUACAGAAAGUUCCUGAAAAGGACCAGAGGACCCAGCAAAGAUAAAGAACCUAAUAAUGGAAUUACAGCAUGUGAGUGGCAGGGGUAUACAGAGACUCCCCAGCCAGUCAGCUUGGUGAUAGACAAAAACAAAAGACUCCAUAUUUAUAGUGAAAAUGCAAAUCCACUGCGCUCUCAUAAUCUGGGCAACCAGGAGUGGCUGGAAGUGUUAUUGUCCAAUGACCACCAACAACGUGCCUUACUUUUGAAGAUCCCCAAAGAGUAUGACUUGGUUCUGUUUUUUGAGGAUAGUGUGCAGAGAUCAGAGUUCAUAGGUCUACUGCACUCUGAUGAGGAAGGAAUGACCAGCUGCUUGACAAUGACAGAGAUGAGUGAAAAAGAACUGCUGAAGGAGGCUGUGACCAAGGAGCAGCGAGCUCAGAUAGUGGAAACCUUCUUCAGACAAGCAUUUGCAAAAGUUCUAGAGAUUGAUAGAAGUGAUGCAGGAGACCUGAGUGGUGUAUCCAGUAAAAGAACUAGAGAGGUUCUACAGUGUGAGCUCACAGCAGCUGAAUUUGCCUGUGCUCUGGGGCUGAGACCUGACUCACUUUUCGUGGAGUCCAUGUUUUCUCUGGCAGAUAAAGAUGGGAAUGGAUACCUCUCCUUUCAAGAGUUUCUCGAUGUUCUCGUCAUCUUCAUGAAAGGGACACCGGAAGAGAAGUCCAAACUGUUGUUCUCUAUGCAUGAUAUUAGAGGAGACGGCUUCCUGUCCAAGGAGGAUUUUUGUUCUUUGCUGAGGUCUUUCUUGGAAAUCUCCAGUAAUGUUCUAUCUAAGAGCCAGGCAGAGGAUGCCACAGCAGCUAUGCUUCAGGCUGCAGGCUUUGAUGAUAAAGAGUACAUCACCUGGGAAGACUUUCACCUCUUACUCAAAGACCAUGAGAACGUUCUGAAGUUUGCACAACUGAAUAUUAAAGGAAUGGAGAUGCACAGCAAGAACAGGCAGGUCCAGCCACGUGUGUCUUUCAUGUUAAGAGACAAAAACAGUUCCCCAUUUGAAAAUGAAGCUGAAUUCAUGCACAAUUGUCCUGUUGAUUUUGGCCAAGAGCUUCGUCAAAGAAAAAAGUUGGGCUUCUCUAGUCCCAAGGUUUAUGUCAAGCCUCAGAGAGAGCGCUACAUCAGGAGCCCUGUCCAGCAGAAGAUCCAGCACUUUAAACGCUUUGUGGAAAACUACCGCCGCCAUAUUGUGUGUCUUGUUGUCAUCUAUGGUAUCACUGCUGGUGUUGCUCUGGACAGAUGUUGGUACUAUGGUUUACAGGCUGACUCCUCUGGAGUCCCAGAAACCUCUAUAGUGGGCAUCAUCGUGUCCCGAGGCUCUGCUGCCGCCAUCUCUUUCCUGUUUCCAUACAUGCUCCUCACUGUGUGUCGAAAUCUGAUAACUAUAUUCAGGGAGACCUUCCUGAACAGAUACAUUCCCUUCGACUCUGCUAUAGACCUCCAUCGCCUCAUGGCAAUGACGGCUAUCAUCCUUACAGUGGUUCACAGUUUGGGUCAUGUGGUUAAUGUUUACAUCUUCUGCAUCAGUGAUCUCAGCAUCCUUGCCUGCCUGUUUCCCAAAGUGUUUUCCAAUAAUGGGUCAGAGCUGCCUCUGAAAUGGACUUUUUGGAUCUUUGCUACAGUGCCAGGUCUCACAGGGGUCAUUCUGCUUUUAAUCUUAGCCUUUAUGUAUGUCUUUGCCACACACUACUUCAGACGUAUCAGUUUCAGAGGCUUCUGGAUCACACAUUACUUCUAUGUGCUUGUCUAUGCACUGACGGUGAUCCAUGGCAGCUUUGCCCUCCUCCAGGAGCCACGCUUCUACAUCUACCUGAUCCCUCCUGCCCUUCUCUAUCUCUUGGACAAACUCAUCAGCCUGAGUAGGAAAAAGGUGGAGAUUCCUGUUGUGAAAGCUGAACUGCUGCCCUCAGGAGUGACAUAUCUGGAGUUUAAACGGCCCCAGGGCUUUGCGUACCGUUCAGGUCAGUGGGUGCGGGUGGCCUGUCUAGAGCUGGGCACAGACGAGUACCACCCCUUCACUUUGACCUCUGCACCUCACGAAGACACCCUGAGCCUGCACAUCCGUGCUGUGGGACCAUGGACAAGCAAACUGCGAGAGGUUUACAACCCAGACAGACUGCAGGAGUUGGGGUCUUAUCCCAAACUGUAUUUGGACGGACCUUUUGGGGAGGGGCACCAGGAAUGGAAAGACUUUGAAGUGUCUGUUCUGGUGGGUGGAGGUAUUGGAGUUACUCCCUUUGCUUCAAUAUUGAAGGAUCUUGUGUUUAAGUCUUCAACAAAACUCAGAGUUCAAUGCAAAAAGGUGUACUUUAUCUGGGUGACGCGGACACAGCGGCAGUUUGAGUGGGUGUCUGAUAUCAUACGAGAGGUUGAGGAGAUGGAUGAUCAGGAGCUGGUGUCUGUGCACAUCUACAUCACUCAGCUGGCAGAGAAAUUUGAUCUGCGGACCACCAUGCUGUAUGUGUGUGAGCGCCACUUCCAGAAAGUGUGGAACAGGAGUCUGUUUACUGGCCUGCGUUCUGUCACACACUUUGGACGUCCACCUUUUUUGGCCUUCUUCAGCUCCCUGCAGGAAGUUCACCCUGAGGUGGGAAAAAUUGGCGUGUUCAGCUGUGGCCCUCCUGGUCUGACAAAGAACGUAGAGAAAGCCUGCCAGCAGAUGAACAAACGCGAUCAAGCAUAUUUCAUCCAUCAUUAUGAGAACUUCUAGCUGCACUGUUGCUCCUAUAUUUAGUUUAUCAAAAUGCUGUAUUGACAAUGAAGGGAUCUGAGUAGAUGAUCUGUUGUGAGUGGAGAAGUACACUGUUUCUAUAGUUGUGUGCUUCUGCUAGGUUUUUUCAACUUCAAUUACUUUUUUUAUUAAUAGGUGUUUUAAAAAAGUGAUUCUUUAAGUAGAAAUAGCACUUUUGACCUUGAAUGUGAUAUAUCAAUGUUCUUUAUUGAAAACAUCUACAAUGAAACAAACUGUAAGCACAUGUUGAAUUUUUCAUGUCUUUCUUUAGACCCUUCUUUAAAGCUACCAGACCUCUUAACAGAAGUGAUAUACAAAGGUUGCAAAGUUUAUGUUGGCAGAUACAUAUACUUAUACAUCACUCUAUACAUGGCUACCACUAAGCCUGCUCAUUGUUCUUUUAUGUUACUUGUUUAAAGUCACUGACACUGAAGUCCAUUGAUGUGUUUUUAUUUUGUUUCUAUUAAAUAUCUUUCAUUACUGAAAACAUUUAAUACAUAUUUUAAACACAUACAGUAAAAUGUUUACAUCUACACACAGUGACCUGACCACGAAAUGUGGUGUAGUCGUAUUCUGCUGUAUGUUUACAGCACGUAAAAUACCAUAGUAUCCUGUAUUUUUACAUUUUAACUGUAAAAUGCAACUCAGCCAGUUAUUUACAGUAAAUUUAUGCAUGAAAAAAUGAACGUUAUUUUUUUCAGGCCUAUAAAUAUGUUCCUAAAAAAAACAAAUAAUGAACAUAUUUAUUCACCAUGUUUUGCAUAUCUCAUAUGUUUUAUUGUAAUUACACAUUUAACAUUUUAACUUUGCGUAUAAUAUGCAUAAACAUAACUUAAAACCUAUGUCUGACAAUAACAAACAACAAAAUGUUGGUCAACACCUCAGUGUUUCUGUAUUUUAUUACAACAAUCCAAAUAAUACUAUAAUACAAACGUGUAACACUUCAAGUGUUUUAAACAUCAAACUCUGAAUCAUCAAAAUAAAAACACUUAAUUUUUUUUUUAUGCCAUAUCCCAUUAUGCUGUACAGUAGUUCAAUGUCAACCUCAUGGUAAUAACAUACAACCUAUGGUAUUAUUACAUCUUAGAAUGCGUGAAGUUCACAAUAAAAGGAUUUUUGCAUUUUGUUAACAUAUUUCUCCUUUUUAUCACAGAGUGUUUCCACUUUUUUA